AUGCGAACAUUUUCGUCCAUUGUGAUUUUCUUUGCAAGUUUGAUCGUUAUUGCAUCAUUAACUAUCGAUACCGAUUUAGUCGAAAUUAACAAACUUGAACAAGAUUUUCUCAAAUAUACACCUGAGAUAGCUCGUCGUUUUAUUCGAACUACUUGUGACGUAAUUACCCAAUGCUGUCCUCACAAACAAUCCAAUCUAUUUGCAACAGUUUUAUCAGGCAACACAAAUGAUGUAUUGGAUAAGUGUUUCGAUGGAAAAAUGACAUCGAAUGUCAUCGCAAGUUUUAGUUCAUGUUCACCUUUUAUUCAAUUGUCUACAAUGAUCACUGAUUCGAAUUUAUUCAAAUUCUUGAACAUAGUUGAAAAAACUGCCGAUGUGGAUAAAGAAAAUGUUCAAGCCAUGAUUGAUCUUUGUACUGAACAAGAACUCUCGACAAUUGCUUGCAGUCGAAACUUGUCCGAUGAACAAAAUACUUGCCAACGCAAACUAAUGAGAAAAUGGGCAGCUCAAGGUGAAAAGAUCUAUGCUGAAAAAGUCCAAAAUAUGAAAGAUAGCUACAAGAAAAAUAUCGAUGCAUUGAAAAAGGCCUUCUAG